AUGAACAGACUCACAAUGUGGAUAUUACUAUAUAUUUAUUAUGCUGUAUGGCUUCUGUUGCCAUUGUUUGAUCUCGAAAAUAAAUAUUGGUUAUUUCCUUUACCUAGCAGAUAUGCAAUAUAUCUCCCCAUAUGGUUGUUACUAAUUGGGUUUACACUGGUUGGACUAUGCCUAUCUACUAUAAUAUUAAAAAAUUGUGACAUUGAUCCUAAUACAUAUACAUUCCAACGUCGUGCUUAUAGUAAGUUUCAUUAA